ACGCCCACUUUUCUCUCUAUAUAUAAACAAAGUCCAUUCCCACUUAUUGUACCUUAUAUCAUCUCUCUCACCACCUCUCCAAAAGUCAGCGCCUUCUUUUGUCUUUCUCCUCAAAAGAGAAACACCAACCUCAGACAUUUUUGCAGACUUUGUCUCUUUGAUUAUGGAAGAUUGGGAUCUCCAUGCGGUGGUUAGAGGUUGCUCCACUGUAACCUCCACCACUUCAACCACUACAGCUACAUCCUCUGUUUUUCCCCUGCAUCAUGACCCUUCUUGUGGCUUCUCAUCUAUGUUUGGUGGUGAACAAAAACCUCAAAUUUUGUCACUUUCUACACACCCUUUUGAAGCUAAAAGCUCCUCCAUUGAAGAGUUGCAUGAACUUUGCAAACCUUUCUUUUCUAGAUCACAACCUAUCUCUUUGCAAACUUCUCCUCUGUUUUCCUCAUUCUCUUAUUCCUCUGCAUCACCCAAAUUAGCUCAAACACAAGACAGACAACAGCAACAACAACACAGAAGUAAGCAACCACAUCAAGGUGGUUCUUCUGUCACCAACCAAAGAUCAAAAAGAAGGAAAAACCAACUUAAGAAAGUUUGUCAAGUACCUGUUGAGAAUCUCUCUUCAGACAUAUGGGCAUGGAGGAAAUAUGGACAAAAACCCAUAAAAGGGUCACCAUAUCCAAGGGGAUAUUAUAGAUGUAGCAGUUCAAAAGGGUGUUUAGCAAGAAAACAAGUUGAAAGAAACAGAUCAGAUCCAACAAUGUUCAUAGUAACAUAUACAUCUGAACACAACCAUCCUGCUCCUACUCAUAAAAACUCUCUUGCUGGUUCAACACGCCAGAAGCCAUUAACACCUCCUCAAGCUGAAACCAACAAAGAAGAUCAAUCUGAGAAAGAGGAUCUUACAAAACCCUCUUCUCCUGCUACAUCAGGAGGUGAAGAAGAGGUUCAAAUUCAAGGAGAAAAGUCAGAGAGCAGAGAAGAAAAAGAAGAUUGUUUUAUGGAGGAGGAUGAAGAAGGAGAUGAAUUUGGGAGUUUAGAUGAUGUUGUUUUAACAGAUGAUUUCUUUGAAAAUUUAGAUGAACUUAAUCAACUAGCUGGUGGUUCUGGAGAUUGUUUCCUAGAUCCAUUUUCUUCAGCCAUUGCAAUUCCUAAUUGGGUGGCCAAUAGUGCUGCUGCUACAGCUGCAGGUGGUAGCUGAAUUGCUUUUUCACUGAAGAGAGAAUAGGAGGAGGAGGAGGAACUUUUUGCAUUUGUUUUGCUCCUUUUUGUUUGUAGAGAAAAUGGAACAUUUUGGAGGAAUCUUUAUCUUUACUAACAAUGAAAGGUAUAGUAAAGUAGGGAAGGAAGUAGUAGUAACAUAGAUUAAGCAUUUACUUUGUCUAUGCUAAUCUUGUUGAAUUUUAUUGGAUGAUUAUUAUUAGUCAUUUAUUCAUAUUUUCAUACAUUGGUAAUGUAAAAUCAAUUUAUUUAUUUUGUCAA